AUGCAAAGCCCAGUAAGAUUCUCAAGCUGCAGAGGCGUGGCCUUUGAGGUCAAACCUCAAGCAGAUCCCUUCGCCAUAAUGUUAACUAGACCUACACCACAAGAACCCUCACGGUCUUUUCGAACUUCCAGAGUGUUCCCUUCUUCGCUACAAAGAUCCUCCAGCAAGGCUAGUAGCCAUUUUUGUGACCUUGAUCUUGACGAAGAAGAAGAAGAAGAUGAUGCUCUUGAAAUCGUCCCUAAAGAAAUCUACGAUGUGGAGAAACAGAAGCCACUUACACCAGUACUCCCUGAUCAGCGACCAACCAACCCUGCACGAAAGAAUAAUGAAUCAAGACUCUCAGUUAUACUGCUAGACCAAGGAUUGUUCACUCUGUACAAGCGACUCUUCAUGGUUUGCUUGACCCUUAACGUUACUGGUUUGGUUCUUGCAGCUACGGGGAACUUUCCAUAUGCAAGGAACAGAGCUACUCUGUUCUCCAUUGGGAACAUACUUGCUUUGACUCUGUGUCGAAGUGAGGCCUUCUUGCGUCUUGUGUUUUGGCUUGCAGUGAAGAUCCUUGGUAGGUCAUGGGUGCCUCUCUUACUCAAAACAGCUACCACUUCUCUUCUUCAAAGUGUAGGAGGUGUACACAGUGGUUGUGGCGUGUCUUCAAUUGCAUGGCUUGUGUAUGCGUUGGUCCUCACUCUUAAACAAAGAGAGAACACUUCACCAGAGAUUAUUGGGGUCUCUUCCGCAAUUCUUGGACUUCUCUGUCUCUCGUGUCUCCUUUGGGCGUUCAUCAUGCUUACAAUCUCUUAUGACCCAAAAACCAAAUCUUACUCAAACGAACUUGGAUCCAGGUUGAUCCAAAGCCAAGAAUUUUGGUUCACUGUGGCCAUCACAGUCCUUAUAAUCACCCCAUGGUUAACAGUGAGACGUGUUCCUGUGAAAGCAUCAUCUGCUUCUGGGCAUGCUUCAAUCAUCAAAUUUGAGGGAGGAAUAAAGGCUGGCAUACUUGGAAGGAUUAGCCCCUCUCCACUCUCUGAAUGGCAUGCCUUUGGUAUAAUCUCAGAUGGGAAGAAAGAACAUAUGAUGCUUGCAGGUGCAGUUGGUGAUUUCACAAAAUCUUUGGUCUCGAACCCUCCAACUCAUUUGUGGGUUCGCCAAGUGCACUUCGCGGGUCUCCCUUAUUUGGUAAACAUGUAUGAAAGGGUCUUGUUAGUGGCGACUGUUCGGGAAUAUGCGUGUUUCUUUCAUUUCUUUUGCAGCCAUGUAAAGCUGAUGUCUGUAAGUGGGUUCUCAAAAGACAAGGUGAUAAUCCAUGAUACUGCUGUGUUGGGUAGGCCAAACGUGUCUGAAUUGAGCGUCAACGCUGCAAAGAAUUGGGAUGCUGAAGUGGUCAUUGUCACAAGCAAUCCGGAAGGAAGCAGAGAUGUUGUCAAUGCAUGCAAAGCCGCUGGAAUUGCAGCCUUUGGUCCCAUUUGGGAUUCAUAG